CGGCGACACGUGGCCGACAUGCAGAUCGAGAAGAACCAACCAACAAUCGAUGGAAGAAAAAUCAGCGGAGUUAGUGGGGGGAAUCAUGAUGAAGGCUGCCAUUGGCAAUCUUUGAAUCUCGAGAAUCACAGAGACCGGUUUGACUAAUCAGGAGAUUCAAACCCCAUGCCCCUCUGCUUGUCCCCAUGCACUCAAGACCCAUUUGCCUUUAUUUGGCGUGCUGCACCAGUAGAUUUUUAAUACCCAUUUGCCUUUAUUUGAAGCUUCUCGUCUUCUUAACAUAUGGCGCUGUGUGGUUGAAUCUGAAUCAAAGAAGCUUCUUCAGUUGUUUCAUUCGAUCAGUUGGUGCUUUGUUUGGUGCUCUGCAGCUGUUUUCCCGUUUCCCUCUUUUUCUGAGCACAGACAGCUGCAAUAGCAUGCUGUUGGAGGUUGUUCUUUUUAAUUAUACCUCAUGCAGCCAAGAGUUGAUAAUUAAUAUAGCUUUUUGUAUAUGAAAGGGGCUCCUCAGUUGGAUACUGAAGACCGAUGAAAAGAAAAGGCAAUUCUUGAAAUGAAGUUUAUGAAAUUGGGAACGAGGCCUGACUCCUUCUACACAGAAGCUACUACCAGGACGGUCAUUUCCAAUGUCCCAGGCAAUAUUGUUAUAUGCAUCGACAAUCUCAGUUACCUUCUCCACAAGUUUCAGCUUCUCCCGAAGUGUGGUCUCUUGCAGCAUCUCUGCCCUGACAUGGGUGGUUCUAACAUUGCCACUAUUGAGCUUCAUGACGUUCCAGGAGGUGCAGAAGCUUUUGAGCUGUGUGCAAAGUUUUGUUAUGGAAUGACCAUUAAUAUCAGUGCUCAUAAUCUCGUACUCGCACUCUGUGCUGCUAAGUUCCUCCGCAUGACUGAAGCAGUGGAGAAGGGAAAUCUUGUUCUGAAGCUCGAGGCCUUUCUCCACUCGUGCAUUCUAGUUGGCUGGAAGGAUUCCAUCGUUACCCUACAAAACACAGUGAAGUUACCUGACUGGUCCGAGAAUCUUGGAAUUGUCAGAAAGUGCAUUGAUUCAAUCGUUGAGAAAAUUCUAACGCCACAUUCCAAGGUAUCAUGGUCCUACACUUAUACAAGACCAGGUUACACAAAAAAAAACAAUCAAAGUGUCCCAAAAGAUUGGUGGACUGAGGAUUUAUCAGAUCUUGACAUUGAAUUGUUCCGUUGCAUAAUUUUGGCUUUUAGAUCCACAUACAUUCCACCUCCACAACUUAUUGGAGAAGCCCUGCAUGUCUAUGCCUGUCGUUGGCUACCUGACACCAGUAAGGCCAAGCCCUCAGAGAAUAAGAUUACUCAAAGCAAAAAAGAUCUGGAAAACAGUCGACAAAUUCUUGAAAAAAUAGUCAGUAUGAUCCCUUCAGAUCGGGGAUCGGUUUCAGUUGGCUUCUUGCUCAGGCUCCUUAACAUGUCAAACUAUCUAGCUGUGUCAUCGACGACAAAAAGUGAAAUAAUUAGGAGAUCAAGUCUGCAAUUUGAGGAAGCAAUAGUUAGUGACUUGCUCUUUCCUUCACAGUCAACCUCCAGUGCACACUUCUACGAUGUCGACUCGGUUGUGGCAGUGUUGGAAUGUCUUCGAGCUCUGUGGCGGAGGCAAUACUCAGGGGCUGCAGAAAACACUCAUUUCUUGACAUACAUUAGAAAGGUGGGGAAGCUCAUCGAUUCAUACCUUCGGGUGGUUGUGAUGGAUAUCAAUAUGCCUGUACCUAAAGUGAUACAACUUGCUGAAGCCCUGCCAGAUAUUGCUCGCCCCAACCACGACGAUCUCUACAAGGCAAUAAACAUGUAUCUCAAGGAACACCCUGACAUAAGCAAGGCAGAUAAGAAGCGCCUUUGUCAAAUUCUCGACUGCCAAAAGUUAUCAUCAGAGGUCCGUGCACAUGCUGUAAAGAACGAGCGACUACCUUUAAGAACUGUGGUGCAGGUGCUGUUCUUUGAUCAAGAGAAAGGCUCAAAGGUAACAAGCUUCACACCCACAGCAAAACAGCUGAUUUCUGUCAAAAAACAGGCGGCAGUCACCAGUGACAACCAUGGUAAGCUAAAACCAGAGCUCGACAACAGCAUCGGCAUCGGCAUCAUCGAUAGAGAAGUAAGAGAAAGAAAGGCCUUGUCUGAAAGCAGUGAGAGGGAUGAACAGUCAGUGAAGAGUAACAAAAUCAAGGAACUCAAGUCAGAUUCUAAGAGGAUGGUAUCAAAGGGAAGCAGAUCAGAUCAUGGUGGUGAACACAGACAGAUCAAAAGAUGAAGGCAGACCGUGUUCUUUUGGAAGCUGUUUAUUUAUGUUUUCAAUAGCUAUAAUAUUGAGACCUCUUUGUCAAUUGGUCAAUUGCCAAAUUUCUAUCUAUUAAACACUAAUUAUGUUAAUAUAA